AGGGAGCGAUCAGAAUCGAGAUUUGAAGUUGGGGAAAGUUAAAUGACCAGAUUAUAUUCUGAUUAUUAGAUUUAAAUCCUGUAGUGAUCGCCUAAUUGUAAUAAUUUGAAAAUUGACUGUCUGCAGAUCUGUUCUGAGUAGCAAUGGCCACCCCCACCCCGAUGCUUGAUCGUUUUACUUUGUAUUCUAUAUUUAUGAGAUUGGAUAAAGAUACGAGUGGACAAAUGAAUGCUACUGAGCUUCAAGCUGCUCUCUCAAAUGGAACUUGGAGACCAUUUAACCCAGAAACUGUUAGGCUCAUGAUUGGAAUGUUUGAUCAUGAUAACAAUGGAACAAUAAAUUUUGAAGAAUUUGUUGAACUUUGGAGAUAUAUAACUGGUUGGUUAAAUUGUUUUAAAAGCUUUGAUGCAGAUAAUUCUGGUACAAUUGAUAAAAAGGAGUUGAAAACUGCCUUUACUUCCUUUGGUUUUCGACUUUCCGAUCAGUUUUUUGAGUUAUUGAUUAAAAAAUUUGACAGAGCUAGUAACAACUCUAUUACAUUUGAUGAUUAUAUUCAAGCAUGUGUCAUGGUACAGACACUAACUGCUGCUUUUAGAGAACAUGAUAGAGAUCAGUCUGGCAUAAUUACAAUUACGUAUGAAGAUUUUCUAAUGAUGGUAGUUAAGACGAUGUUUCACCCUGCAUGAUUAUGAAAGACUUUUUCAAGCCAGACAGAUCUGAGUGAUGCUUCACACAUACGACACCCAAUAACUGAAGACAAUAAAAAUAAUGUUCAAGAAAACUCAAUUAUUCAACUUCAGCAGUAGCCUACUGCUUUUAAUUAACAUAGUUCUGUUUUAAAUGAUAAUAUGCUUGCUUUGCUAUUGGCUAACACUGUUACUAUAUUUUAAAAUUUUAUUUUUUAAGAAAAAAAAAGGCUGUGUGUUGUUGUAGUUUUUAUUGAGUUUUUCACCUGUGAGAGCUUUUAUUAACCAAGGGUGAAGAAAAAAGAAUGCUUAAAAAGUGAUUAAUUAUAAUUUUUACAUUUUAAGAAAACAAAGGAUGCCUGGUAAUUAUUCUGAUACUGCAGUUGCAUAGCAAAUGCAUAUUUUCCUCAUGUCAUUUUUGCAGUAUGAAGUCCAAAAAAUAACUAUUUUUAAUAGUUAUGUUUAUCUGUAAAUUUUGAUAAACAUCAGUGUGAUUUCAUAAUUCCAAAAAAAAAAAGUUUUGCAGCCCUAAUGUAUUAUGUUUUUGUAUUUAAUUGCAAAUGUUCUCUGAUUCAGCUCAAAAUCAAAAGCAAUUUCUCAUAGGAAUUUUUAAGAUCUUUUUUGUUGCGUGUGUGCAAGUUUUCCAAAUAUUGUUGAAAAUAGUUUUAUUUCUGAAUUUGAAUUAUUUGGUAUUGCAUUACUUAUUCAGGUGCCUUAUCUAAACAUUGAGUAAUCUACUACAUUAUGAGAUGCAUGAACGAUAACAGCUUGACAUGCGAAGCUUUUAGGGGAUUGAGACCGCAAUAGUGAACCAAUACAAAAAUUUUCAAGAUUGUCAAGUUUAAAAGAAUCAAAAAAUUUUAAUUAAAAUUUUUUUUCUUCAUGGUAAACAAUAUUGUGCCUUAGUAAUAUGAAAGAAAUAGAGGUAAUCAUAUUCAUACAGAAAAAGCAUAAGAGUUUGAAUUUUGCAUGCUAUUUUGAAGCAAAAAUUAAUAAAAAGUAUCUGUUUUGCUCAAUUCCUCACUUCUGCAAAUAACC